CUAUAUCAUCUAAUUGGCAAAAAAUUGGUAGUACAAGCAAACCGGGGCGAUAAGAACACCAGGCAGAGAAGAGAAAGUAAGGGAGGAAGCAAAAGAGGGAGAAAAAUGGAGUGGUUUGCUUCAAUACCAAAGGUGGAACUACACGCUCACCUCAAUGGAUCCAUUAGAGACUCCACACUGCUUGAACUUGCUAAAGAUCUGGGUGAAAAGGGUGUCAUAGUUUUCUCAGAUGUGGAGCAUGUAAUCUUGAAAAAUGACCGUUCUUUAACCGAGGUGUUCAAAUUGUUUGACCUGAUCCACAUUAUUACUACCGAUCACGCAACCGUUAAAAGAAUUACCAAAGAAGUUAUUGAAGAUUUUGCCUCUGAAAAUGUUGUAUACCUGGAAUUAAGAACGACUCCAAAGAGAAAUGAUUCGAAAGGAAUGACUAAACGCUCUUACAUGGAAGCAGUAAUGGAAGGUGUAAGGGCUGUUAGUACAGUUGAUGUGGUUUUUCCACAUAACAAUGUGGAUGCUGGAAGUCAUAUAAUAUCUGUACCUGUAAAUGAUAUGUGUAAUGGAACAGCAAGAAAAAAGAUAUAUGUUCGGCUCCUUUUGAGUAUUGACCGUCGGGAGUCCACUGCAGCUGCAAUGGAAACUGUUAAGCUUGCUCUGGAAAUGAGAGAUUUAGGAGUAGUUGGUAUUGACCUUUCUGGAAAUCCUGUUGUGGGUGAAUGGAUCACAUUUUUGCCGGCAUUAAAGUUUGCUAGAGAACAUGGUCUUGAUAUAACUCUUCACUGUGGAGAGGUACCUAAUCCAAAAGAGAUACAAGCAAUGCUAGACUUUAUUCCCCAGAGGGUUGGCCAUGCCUGUUACUUUGGAGAGGAUGAUUGGAAGAAGUUGAAAUCCUAUAAUAUCCCGGUUGAAAUUUGUCUGACUUCCAACAUCACGACUGCAUCAGUUUCCUCACUAGAUGUUCACCAUUUUGCUGACCUAUACAAGGCAAAACAUCCAUUAGUCCUCUGCACUGAUGAUUCUGGGGUGUUCUCCACCAGUCUUUCCAAAGAGUAUAAUCUUGCUGCUGCUGCAUAUGGUCUUGGAAAAAGGGAAAUGUUUGAGCUGGCAAGAAAUGCAAUUGAAUUUUUAUUUGAAAAUGAUGAAGUUAAGCAAGAUUUGAGAAGCAUUUUCGAUUUGGCAGCUAAGAAGCUGGAUUUGUGAUUACAUUGCAGUUGGGGGCAUAUUUACAACCUGAUGAUGUGGGUAGCGAGGUUUUAGAACUCUUUUAUUCAGUUUAAGCUGUAAAGACGAUUAAUUUGUAGCUGGAUUUAGACUAGCUGUUCUUUGAAGGUUUCCUAGCUUGGUCUGUCAAGCAGUUGUUCCUUGUCUCUGGAUGAUUUCUCAGAUAUUUAAUGGGAUCAUGAGUAGCUGUAUGAUUAACAUGCAA